AUGGCGGCGCGAAUCGCGAUCAUCAACGAGGAUAGGUGCAAGCCCAAGAAGUGCCGCCAGGAAUGCAGGAAGAGCUGCCCCGUCGUCAAGACCGGGAAGCAUUGUAUUGAAGUUACUCCGGCGUCCAAGUCCGCGUUCAUCUCUGAAGAGCUGUGCAUUGGUUGUGGUAUUUGCGUCAAGAAAUGCCCAUUUGGUGCCAUUCAGAUCAUCAACCUCCCAAAAGAUUUGGAUAAAGAUACCACCCAUCGCUAUGGCCCAAAUACCUUCAAAUUGCACAGGUUGCCUGUUCCGAGACCUGGCCAGGUUUUGGGCCUUGUUGGAGCCAAUGGAAUUGGAAAGUCGACAGCUCUUAAGAAUCCGCCUGACUGGCAGGAAAUCCUUACAUACUUCCGGGGGUCUGAACUUCAGAAUUACUUUACGCGUCUGUUGGAGGAUAAUCUCAAGGCAAUCAUAAAGCGUCAAGACGUUGAAAGCAUUCCGAAAGCAGUUCAAGGGAAUGUCGGUCAACUACUUGACAAGUUAGACCAGAGGGGUGUUAAAGCUCAAUUGUGCAUUGACCUUGAAUUGAACCAAGUUCUGGACCGGAAUGUAGAAGAUCUUUCCGGUGGUGAGCUGCAGAGAUUUGCCAUAGCAGGCACUGCUGCACAAAGUGCAGACAUUUACAUGUUUGACGAACCAUCAGUUUACCUUGAUGUCAAGCAGAGGCUUAAAGCUGCACAAGUCAUUAGGUCCUUGCAUAGAGCAAACAGCUAUGUAAUCGUUGUGGAACAUGAUUUGAGUGUCUUGGAUUACAUGUCCGAUUUUAUUUGCUGUUCGUAUGGGAAACCAGGAGCAUUUGGUGUAGUUACGCUGCCAUUUUCAGUCCGAGAAGGUAUCAAUGUUUUCCUGGCUGGAUUUGUUCCAACAGAAAAUCUUCGGUUUCGAGAUGAAGCACUUACAUUUAAGAUUGUUGAGGCCCAGGAAAAUGCUGAAGAGAUUGAGACAUACCAGCGGUACAAGUACCCUACCAUGAGCAAAACAAUUGGAAAUUUCAAGCUCACUGUCAUGGAAGGUGAAUUCACUGAUUCUCAGAUUGUUGUGAUGCUUGGUGAGAACGGGACAGGGAAAACUACGUUCAUCAAAAUGCUGGCUGGGCGGCUGAAGCCAGAUACUGUGGAAGGAGCUGAGAUUGAAAUUCCUAAAUUUUAUGUGUCCCACAAGCCUCAGCAGCUUGAAACAAAAUUCCAGGGCACAGUGAGUCAAUUGCUUCAUCAGAAAAUACCAGAAUCAUGUACUCAUCCUCAAUUUAGGUCUGAUGUCAUUAAACCACUACAAAUUGAGCAACUCAUGGACCGGGUAGUUACAAAUUUAUCAGGUGGAGAACGCCAAAGAGUGGCAUUAUGUCUUUGCCUUGGAAAGCUUGUGGAUCCUAACUUCGAAGUUGUUCUUCAGCCUGCAGAUAUUUAUCUGAUCGAUGAACCAAGUGCAUCUCUUGAUUCAGAGCAGCGCAUUGUUGCCUCAAAGGUUAUCAAAAGAUUCAUCUUUCAUGCAAAGAAAACCGCAUUUGUUGUUGAGCAUGACUUCAUCAUGGCAACCUACUUAGCUGACAAGGUUAUUGUUUACGAGGGACGGCCUUCUGUAGACUGUACUGCUAAUGCACCUCAGACUCUACUCUCUGGGAUGAAUAAAUUCCUAUCGGAAUGCAGAGAAAGGGAAGCAGGAAGUGCUGCAAGGUUGGAUCGGAUCAAGGAGCCUGCGCCAGAAGAAGUAAUCCCAACCUUUGGAACCCCUCCUGAACCUGGAGUGCUCUGUCGGGUUGUACCAGGUUUUUUGCCCCAUAGCUUGUAUUCAGGUAUGGAAUACAAGCAGUGGGUUUUCCUGGUGAACAUUGAACCCGCAAUCUUCCUACCAUUUUCAAAAAAAGUCGUAUAA